AUAAAUAAAACUGCAAUUCAAAAAUGCGUUAGUUUCUCUAUUUUACAUGGGCGCAAACAAGGCCUCAAUCCUGAACCGCCUUCUCAACGUUAAGAUCGUUACCACUAAUCGCCUUGAACCACCGCGACAGGCUGAAGUUAAGGCGUUAACCACCACAAUCACCAAUCACCUCCGCUCUGGAAGCCUUGGAAAGGCCGUCUCCGUCCUCUUUGCCGCCCCAUUCCCCUUUCCGUCCGCUCUCUACGCUCAUCUCUUCAGAACCUGUGCCUCAAACAAAGCCGCUGUCGAGGUCCGGAAAGUGGAGUCCCACUUGGUCACCUUCUCCCCGAACCCGCCACUGUUUUUGCUCAACAGAGCUAUAGAAGCUUACGGAAAAUGCGCCUGCUUGAGGGAUGCUCAAGAGGUGUUUGACGAAUUGCCUCAACGAGAUGGCGGGUCUUGGAAUGCGAUGAUUACUGCUUAUUCGCAAAAUGGGUAUGCCGAGAGGGCGUUGGAAAUGUUUAUGUGCAUGCGUGAGUCGGGAGUUUCUGCUAAUGAGAUCACAUUUGCAAGUGUUCUUGUGUCCUGUGCUUCUCUCUUGACUGUUUGGGUUUUGAGACAAGUGCAUGCUCUCAUUGUGAAGUUUGGCUUCUCUGGAAAUGCAAUUCUGGAAACUUCACUCGUGGACGUGUAUGGGAAAUGCCAGGAGAUGGAUGAUGCUAGGAGGAUGUUUGAUGAAAUUGAGAAUCCAAAUAAUGUUUCAUGGAACGUAAUCAUCAGAAGGUAUCUUGACAUGGGUGUUGGAAAGGAUGCCGUGUCUCUGUUUUCAGAGUUGGUGAGGGCAAAUGUGGUGCCUCUGACAUUUACUGUAUCAAAUGCUCUUGUUGCCUGCUUGACCAUUGGUGGGCUCACAGAAGGGCUUCAAAUUCAUGGAUUUUCUAUUAAGAUUAAUGCUGAGAUGGAUAAGGUGGUUUCAAAUUCUCUUAUUGAUUUGUAUAGGAAAUUUGGGGAUUUGGUAAGUGCUCGGAGGAUUUUUGACUUGAUCUGUUCGAAAGAUUUGAUUCAUUGGACUUCGAUGGUGUCAGGGUAUGCAAUGGAUGGGAAAACAAGGGAGGCAAGGGACCUCUUUAACGAGAUGCCAGAAAAGACCGUGAUCUCAUGGAAUGCAAUGCUUGCAGGCUAUGUGCAUAAUAGUGAAUGGGAUGAAGCUUUACAGCUUAUCUUUCUGAUGUGCAAACAGACCAGGAACAUUGAUCAUGUUACUCUUGGAUUGAUCCUCAAUGUGUCUGCUGCCCUUUCAGAUAUUGGAUUGGGGAAACAGGUUCAUGGAUUCAUGUAUAGACAUGAACUCCAUUCCAAUUUGUUUGUCGCCAAUGUGCUUCUUGACAUGUAUGGAAAAUGUGGGUACUUGAGAUGGACUAGAGUAUGGUUUCAUGAAAUGAGUCAAUGGCGGGAUGCAGUUUCUUGGAAUGCUUUAUUAACGAGCUAUAAAUCCCAUAGGAUGGGAGAAACAGCAAUGGUGAAUUUCUCAAACAUGUUAGGAGGGACAAUACCAAGUAAGUAUACUUUUGGAACCCUCUUGGCUGCUUGUGCAAAUACUUUUGCUCUGAAACCAGGCAAACAAAUCCAUGGAUACAUGAUUAGAAAUGAUUAUGAGAUGGAUAUUGUGAUUAAUGGAGCAUUGGUUAACAUGUACUCCAAAUGUGGUUGUGUUGACUAUGCUCUUGAUAUUUUUGCCGCAGCGCCUCAAAAGGAUUUGGUUCUCUGGAACUCUUUGAUGCUGGGAUGUUAUCACAAUAGGAGAAGUGAUUACGUGUUUGAAUUAUUUGAGUUAAUGAAGGAGAAGGGAAUUAGACCAAACAGUACUACCUUCCAAGCUAUAUUUCUUGUGUGCAUUCGUGAAGGUCAUGUAUAUUUAGGUAGACAUCAUUUUGAUUUAAUGAGUGACAAAUAUUGGAUUACCCCUAGGUUGGAGCAUUAUGAAUCCAUGAUUGAACUGUUUGGUCGGCAUGGAUACUUUGAUGAGCUUGAGGAUUUCAUUAACAAGUUGCCCUUUUCUCCCACCGUACAUAUGUUAGAGAGAGUUGUUCACUUCUGUAGAGAGCAAAGGAAACUCAAGUUGGGAAGUUGGGCUAUUAAUCAACUUAAGCAACUCUUACUUUAAAAAUUAUAUUA